AUGCCUUUCUUCAAGAGAUCCCUGGCUGGUCCAGGCUACGUCGUCCUCAACGUCAUCCGCGUGAUGAACGUAGUCGCCCUUUUAGCCGUCGUCGCGGCCAGCUUCGUCAUGCUGGUCAAGACCUUCAUCGUCUCCAAAUUCUUCUUCUUCGACGGUGUCAGCCAUCUAAUCACAGGUUGUGUGAGCAUACUCCUCAUACUCACCGAAAUCUCGCUCUUCAAGCGCUACACCGCCAACAACUGGCCGCUCCUCUCCCCCAGCCACGGAUUCGUCACCCUCGGCAUCAUCAUGAUCAUCAUCGGCGUCUCCAUCCUCGGCAACCUGAACAAACAGGCCACCUCCGAGGGUUCCCUCGGUGCGACCUUCUGGCGUCUGGUCAUCGCCUCGGGCAUCGUCGUCAGCAUCCUCGGUGUGGCCAACAUCUUCGCCAACUACAUGUUCCGCCAAAAAUCCCUCGGUAUCACCGCGCGGCAGGUCCGGGACCACGGCGCCGUCGCCCCCCAGAAGGUCUACGUCAGCCCCUCGCCCUCGAGGUCGGUGCACGCCCGGCGCUCGUUCCACCUCGGCCGCUCCGACACCCUGCCAUCGUACUACACGAAGGACCACUCCUCGCACGAGCAGGAGCCCGUCCGGAACAUCUCCGCGCCGAUCGCGGGGACCCCGCAGUUGGCCCAGGCCAAGAGAAAUUCGAGCGCGCCGCCGGUCGUGAACGGUGUGCAGAGACCGGAUUUGGCCUUCCAUCCCGCCCUGCAGGGUCAGGCUUUCUGA